AUGGCGGAAGGAAUCGACAGACGCGCCGAGGAGCGCAUGGAGUUCAACACCUCCAAGGAGGUGACGGUGGCCCCGACCUUCGAGGAUAUGCACCUGAAGGAGAGUUUACUUCGCGGAGUUUACGCUUACGGAUACGAAUCACCUUCGGCCGUCCAAUCGCGUGCGAUUGUCCAAAUCUGCAAAGGUCGCGAUACCAUCGCCCAGGCCCAAUCCGGUACUGGUAAAACCGCCACUUUCGCGAUCAGUACUCUGCAAAUUAUUGAUACUGUUGUGCGGGAAACCCAAGCCCUCGUCCUGUCCCCAACUCGUGAACUCGCAACCCAGAUUCAAUCCGUCGUCAUGGCCCUCGGUGACUACAUGAACGUCCAGUGUCACGCUUGCAUUGGAGGAACCAAUAUUGGCGAGGAUAUUCGCAAGCUCGACUACGGCCAACACGUUGUAUCAGGAACCCCCGGCCGUGUGGCUGAUAUGAUCCGUCGCCGCAAUUUGCGCACCCGUCACAUCAAGAUGCUCGUUCUUGAUGAGGCCGAUGAACUUCUGAACCGCGGUUUCCGUGAGCAGAUUUAUGAUGUCUACCGUUACCUGCCUCCCGCGACGCAGGUCGUCGUGGUUUCUGCCACUCUCCCAUACGAUGUCCUGGACAUGACCACUAAGUUCAUGACCGAUCCCGUCCGCGUCCUGGUCAAGCGUGACGAAUUGACACUGGAGGGUAUUAAGCAAUACUUCAUUGCCGUCGAAAAGGAGGAAUGGAAAUUUGACACUCUUUGUGAUCUUUACGACACCUUGACUAUCACACAGGCCGUCAUUUUCUGUAACACACGCCGAAAGGUCGACUGGCUCACCGACAAGAUGCGAGAGGCCAACUUCACUGUUUCCAGCAUGCACGGCGAAAUGCCCCAGAAGGAACGUGACAGCAUUAUGCAAGAUUUCCGUCAGGGUAGCUCACGUGUGCUUAUCUCCACCGAUGUCUGGGCUCGUGGUAUCGAUGUUCAACAGGUCUCUCUGGUUAUCAACUACGAUCUCCCCACAAACCGUGAAAACUACAUCCACCGUAUUGGUCGUAGUGGUCGAUUCGGCCGCAAGGGUGUGGCUAUCAACUUUGUUACUAGCGAUGAUGUCCGCAUUCUUCGCGAUAUCGAGUUGUACUACUCCACCCAAAUCGAUGAGAUGCCAAUGAACGUUGCCGACUUGCUUUCAUAA